ACUCAACUACUUUUUUUUUAAAUAUAAUGACAAGGGCACGCAAAGCAGCACAAGAAGCCAAAGUGUUAUUAGCACCUAUUCCUUUAUACCGUCAGAUCCUUCGAGUGCAUCGCAAUUUACCACCGGCCAUGCGUGCAAUGGGUGAUGAUUAUGUCAAGUCCGAAUUUCAUCGACAUAAAGAUACAGAUAAUCCUGUUCAUAUCAUUGGCUUUAUUUCUCAAUGGCAAGAGUACUUGGAAACGCUUCAAAAACAAACAGCACCACGUCCACAAGAAGAAUCAUCAGCACCUGUACAAGAUCAUUUGGUCCGAAGUUUCAAUACACCUAAAGACGGUUGGGGAAAACGAUUAGAGAAUAGUUUAUUGGAGAAAAUGAGUGAUGAACAACUUGGACAGAUUUAUGAAUUACGAACUCAAAUCAAAAAGUCGGUCCAUGGUGAAGAUGAUCAGCAAGAAAAAAAAUAGAUUGCUCCCUUUAGAUAGUGUUAGAUUCUUGUUUAUAAUAAAGAUUAUAUUUUUAUCAUAUUCAA